AUGGCGCCACCGUCCGAACCCGCGCCCGAGCUCGAGGCCGACGUCAAGGCGUACGCCUCGUCUCUUGGGUUCGCUCCUCGCGCGAGCGACGGCGCCGUCACCCGCGGCUUCGACGACCGAGACUUCCGCGCGGAACACUUGAGAAAGAAGGAGGCGGCGGCGGCGCGGCGCGCGAAAGAAAAGUCAUCGACGACGCGCGAGGACGACGCGCGAGACGACGGCGAGCGCGGCAGAGGAAAGAAACGCGCGCAGACGAACGAUGCUCGCGCGAACGCGUCACAAAAAGCGACGCGGGACAAGGCAAACGAUGGGAAGAAGACGUCGCGGGACGACGGCGACGGCGACGGCGACGGCGACGCGGCGGCUCGAGAGCGGCCGUCGGGAAAGAAACGACCGUGGAAUCCAGGGGCGGGGCCUAUGCCGAGUAAAGGCGAUGUAAAGGGAGGUAAAUCGAAUCGCGAUGGUGGUGCGAAUGCGAGCGCGUCGGGGGGGGCGUGGUACGAGGCGAGCGAGGCUUUGGACGCCGAACUCGGGAGCGCUGGCAAGCGCGGGAAAUCCAAGUCGGAACCGACGCGCGGUGAGCUGGAAGAGAAGGAACGCAUGGCGAAGAAUGCGCUAGAAGAUCGAGUGAACACGUACGCCAAACGCAUGCAGCGACACAGCGAUGCAAACGCGAAAUGGUUGGAGAUGGUUCGCACAAACGGUACGGCGAGCGAUAAAGUAGCCGCCAACGUGUUGAGCGUGACCGAGGACCCAGCGGCGAACUUGAAAGCGCUGGAGAAUUUACUAGGAAUCGUCGAACGCGCUCGAGCGAGUGGGGGCAAACGUGGGGCUGUGCAAUCGAUCACCGCGCUCGAGACGUUGUUUCGGGAAAGCCUGCUCCCCGAUCGAAAGCUGCGAUAUUUUAGCGAACAGCCCCUCUCGGUGGCGGCGAGUGCCCCGCACGAACGCAAGCGAUUGAUGUACUGGUACGUCGAAGACUCUAUUAAGCGUAUGUACUUGCGGUUCAUUGCGGCUUUGGAUGAGUUAUCUCGAGAUCCUUUGCCGAUUCUCAAGGAAAAGUCUUUGAAGAGCGCGUACGCACUACUCAAAUCCAAACCCGAAGGCGAGCGUCAGUUGUUGAACAUAAUGGUCAACAAACUCGGCGAUCCGUCGAGAAAAAUCGCAUCCAGCGCGUCGUAUUUGUGUUUAGAGCUCAUCAAGGCGCACCCUGCGAUGAAGCGCAUCGUCGCACGAGAGGUGGAAGCGUUCACGUUUCGAAGAGGCGUGGGAUUGAAGGCGCAGUACUACGCCGCGGUGAUGAUGAAUCAAAUUCCUCUCGGGCACAAGGGCGAUGGACCGGCGUUGGCUGAGCAGCUCAUCGAGGCGUACUUUGGAUUGUUUCAGUAUUUGUACAAUUUGUCGCUGAAGAAAGAUCCCGCGAAAGAAGAAGAGGCUAAGCCCGAGGUGAAGAAGAAGGACAAAAAACGUCAUCGAGACGGUGGCCGGGGUCGCGGCGGUCGCGGCGGUCGCGGCGGUCGCGGUGGCCGUGGACGCGGUGGUAAGGAUAGCAACAAACCAACACAACCAGUGCAAAUCGGUGCAGGCGUUGACGCUCGAGUCGUCUCCGCCUUACUCACGGGAAUCAAUCGCGCGUUUCCGUACGUGGCGAGCGAAAAAAUGGACGCUCUCAUCGAUCGCAUCUCUCCCGCCUUGUUCACUAUUGCGCACUCUCCAAAUCUCAGUGGGGCGUUGCAAGCGAUGAUGUUGCUAUUUCAGUUGCUAUCGGCUCGUUCAUCAGUGAGCGAUCGAUAUUAUCGCGCACUGUACGCCUUGCUGUUGCAUCCGGGACUGUUGCGAUCGGCGAACAAUGCGCAAGUAUUAUCGCUUAUUUUCAAGAGCUUGCGCGAGGACGUCGUUCCGAAGCGCUCGGCGGCGAUGGUGAAACGUUUGUUACAAGUGGCUUCGCAAGCACCGGCUACGUUCGCGUGCGGUGCGCUCAUGGCGGUUAGUGAGUUUUUGUCGAAGCAGCCUUCGCACUGGAACGCCAUUCGAGUACCGCGAGAGACUGAAGAGGAUGGCGUCGAGCACUUCAGCGACGUCAGAGACGACGAAGACGAAACAAACGAAGGGACUGGGUUGUUUGAGGGCGAUAAAACGACGGAAAGAACGCCCAAAGCGACGAAAAGUGACAGCGAAAAGUCCUCAGAUGAUGACGAGGAUGCCGACCAAGCCAACGCCGUCGAUGGCGAAAAAGGCUCGAACCGAGUCGGCGGGCCGAGCGAGCGAUACGACAUGGAGAAGCGAGAGCCCAUGUACGCGCGCGCGGAAACUUCGUGCUGGUGGGAACUCAAUGUUCUCGCCGCGAACGCUCACCCGUCAGUCUCCGCGAUGUCCCGCACUUUGCUCGAAGGCAAGCCAAUUGAAUACGACGGCGAUCCUCUCUCUGACAUGACGCUCACCGUGUUCCUUGACAAAUGGUUGCAGAAGAAGCCGAAGAAAAGAUCCAAGGGUGGUUCUCUAGUCAUGCGAGCGUUGGAAUCCGACGCGAGCGCGGCGUACAUGCCCGGCACGGACGAAUUUGCGUCGCUCAUGGAGUCCGAAGUUGACCCUUCCGACGUCUUCUUUCAUCGCUACUUUGCCAACAAGACGGAGAAGGCGGCGGCGAAGAAGAAAAAGGCGGACAAGAAAACGACAGACGACGACGACCAGGCAGAAUCCGAGUCAGAUGCCGACGGCGAGCUCCCGAAGAAGAAAUUCGACGACAGCGAAUCCGAAGGCGACGACAGCGAAGACGAACUCGCGGUGGAGGAAAUCAACAUCAACGACGCCUCCGACUCGGAGGACGACGAAGAGCUCGCGAUUCCACUCAAGAAGAUCCGCAAGAACGAUUUCAAGGAGGAUAGCGACGACGCCGCGGACGAAGAGUUCGGCAAGUCUGAGCGCCAGGAAGAAGCGAUCGAAGACGAGCGAUACGAUUUGGACGCCUUCGCGGCGGCGUACGGCAGACAACCCGGGUACUUGAUUCGCGAAGCCGCAGAGCGCGAGAGAGCGGCGGAAGCGAAGGCGAUCGAGGCGAUCAAACGCGCGGUUCAGCGCACGCCCACGGGUGCAAACGAUGAAGACACCAUCGACGACGACUUUACCGCCGGCGGCGUCUUCGCCUCGGCCGAAGAAUACGAAACCAUGAUCAACACCGACGCCGUCAACGCCGUGGAUCCGAACAAGCUCGACGACGACGAAGCCGACGACGAGGAAGCUGACAUCGAAGUCAACGACGACGACGACGACGACGACGACGACGACGACGACGACGACGACGAGCCAUCGCCGCCACCAUCGAAAAAGACCAAACCGUCUCCGUCGUCGUCCUCGAAGAAGACGUCCGAGCGCCGUCGCUCGCGCGCCGAAUAGCGCCGCGACGUCCGCGUCGAAUCGUGUAGUCACUCCGCGUCGUUACGCGGCGUAG